GUGUGUGCGUGAGUGCUGCUUGUGUCUGUGAUCUGAUCAUUCAAACGUAAAUUUAUUGAGUGUGCCAAACCAAACGGCGCGAGGCUUUGCGAUAAUGCACUGUCCAUAUGAAUCCAUCAACAAUCGACUAAUGUACUGUCUCGCGUGAUCACUACCGAGAUGUUGGAUUGGGUGGGUGUCACAUGAUCAGUUUGCUACUCAAUCGGACACAAAUGCUGAGUGUUUCAAAGCUCGUCACAUUCCUGGCUUUUGCCAUUGUUGUUGCCCAAACGAACGGCUUAGAUCAUUGGUAUGACGCAAUAAGAUGCCACGCUCACACACGUCUGUCCAUUCAACAAUUCUGCUCAGUGGAGAACAAAACUUGUCACCCUGUCUUCGAGAACGCAGCCGAUCUGUUCCAGAAACUUGGCGUCAAAGCGUUUGUCCGACACUCUAAAACAGGAAGCGAAGGAACAUGGUGGCCUACAGCAACCGGACCCAAGGAAAGCUGGCACCCGUUUGUAAGAGAAACCGGCAGGAAUCUGCCACAAGAGUUUAUCAAGAAGGCGCACGCAAACAAUCAGAGAAUCAUUCUUUAUCAUUAUCCGAAAACCAGCAGCUAUUACGCAGAAACCGAGGAGAGCUGGUUGAACAAAGACAUCCACGGUCACACAGUGGAAUAUCCGAGAGGUCUCGGUUUGUGUGUCAAUUCAGGAUGGAGACAGAAAUACAUAGAACAACUGCUAGAACUAGUCGACUUCGGUGCCGAUGGACUAUAUUUUGAUGAAAUUCCUCAGCCGUAUCAAGGCUGCUGGUGCGAAAAUUGCAGAGAGAAAUUCAAGCUACAGACGGGACACGAUUUGCCGACCACAAUGAAUACUUCAGAUCCCGUAUACAAAUUGCUCCUCGAAUUUACGACUCGAUCGGUUAUAGAGCACUACGACGAAAUAACAAGAGCAGUGAACUCACGAAGCGCAGAAGUUGUCAAUCUAGUUUCUAUAUAUAAAGUUCCUGCUGUUGACAACGGUGGGCGAGUGUACGAAUCGACUAAGCUUGUCAACUCAACGAACAGUACAGUUGCAAAGACUGAGUUCGAGAUCCCGGAAAGUGCGAACCAAAUUUUCAGGCACGGGAAGAGUUUGUUCAACCACGGUUUUGUGGAGGACGUUUUUCUGUCAAUGGGUUGGUCAAUCAGUCGCGACGCAGCCGCCGGUCGUCCGCCGCACACGUGGUUACCGCAUUUGACCAACGCCAGCCAAGCGGCUGCCGCUUCGUUUGCGCUAAUGACGUACGGCAUGGUCGCCAACCCAGAUCAUCAAGAGAACGAUAUCCCGGAUUAUAAGUUGUUUAACUUGACGUAUACAAACGCGAAAAGGUUGAAUCCGUAUUUGAACGGCACUCGCCCCGUUCGAUGGGCUGGAUUGUUUUUUAGCGAGGCAGCGAGAAAUACAUAUCUCCCGCACAGUGACAUUGCUGCUUGGAUGAAUGUAUUGUUUCCUACCGUGUCCGCUUGGGAGGCGUUGAUUAGGAUGGGAGCACCGGUGGGUAUUAUUACAGACUGGCAACUGUCGGGCAACACUACCACCUCGACAUGCACUUGUGGAAAACAUGGACGACGCGAUGACGUCACUCAGUCAAUCGUCGAAAAUGCCGGUAAAGAUCUUUUUUCUCAAGGCUAUAGAGUUAUUAUCGUUCCUGUUGCUCCGGUUUCGUUGUCGCAGAACAAUAGUUUGACUUCGUUUCAGCAAGCAGGUGGUAAAGUCAUCUAUUUGGAUUCUAAAGAACAAUGGGCAGAUAUGAAUGAACGCAUCAGACUCGAAACUGCUUUGCAAGAAGAGAUUAUAUCAAACUUGGGGCCCGUGCCAAUCCAGCUAAAUUGUGGAGGCAAGUUUGUUCACGCGGUACCUUUAAAGUCUGCCAUUGCGCCAUCUUCGUUUGUUGUGAUGGUAACGAAUGAUUAUAGUUGGACCUAUUUUCAUACGCGGGUUCCUGAACGCGUUGUGAAUGCUAGCCUAACGUUUCGCGGUGUCUCAGAAGAUCUAACCGUUACCGACGUCAUCAACAACUCCGUGUUGGCAGCUCAUUGGCAGGGUAACGGAACAUGGAUUGUAAACCUACCCGAAUUUCUUUACUACCUAGCUGUACAUGUUCAAUGUAAAGGCGCUUGUUGGCAAUAACUUGAUAUAUACAUAUUAAUUAGUUAUUAAUUAGGUAUAUAUUCUUGUUUGCAACUUAGAGUAUCGCCGCACCGUCACUAACAGUUAGUUUUACUAGUCGUUUUAGUUUUUGCUGGUUUUUCCUUUCUGUCGUAAGUCGCCUCAUCUUUGAAAUGGUCGU